UCUGCUCACAGUUAGUCUAUGAUCUGAGACACUCACUAUAUCCUCUGAACGUAGCCUUCACGUCCACAGUCAUGUAGCAGUUAUCAGCUUUCAUGAUGUGAAAUGAGUUUAAACUCUUUAGAGACUAGUGUCAUGAUGAUGUCAGACAUAUGUGAUUUGGGGAGUUCCUGUGCUGCUGGUGUUUGUCCAUCACUGGAUUUGUUUUGGGGUGAGGGGUGCUGACCCCACCUCUCAUCACACACAGUAAACUAAUAGAAGCCACUCUGAACACUCUGAAAGAGGCGCCGUUGGGAGUUUUGGAUCAGGAUCCUCUCCCUCGUCCACGCCUGUCCCAGUCUAGAGGAGGUCAGCUUAUUGACCCUCAUGUGUAAAAACCUGUGAUCAGUUGUUUAUGAGUCUGAGUCUGUACCUGAUAAGGUGUGUCUCAUUCAACAGGUUUGAAGCCGCUGUCUGUGAUGAGAGUUUUGAGGAGGAAAAAGGUUUGUUGCUGGAGGAGGGGAUCCACUUACUGCAGGAGGCUCAGAGGCGCCCAGACUGCACCAUCACACUUGAAGGGAAGCGCUGCUGUAAAGCCACUGAGAAGUGCACUGAGUUUAAGGACAGAAACCUCAGCUGUAAUGAACUGGGGAAGAUUACAAUGAAGGGAGAGUCUUAUACUGAAAAAAGAGGAGAGGAGGAGAGUGAGGAAGAUGAGGGUGAGGAAGAGGAGGGUGAAGGAGGCUCUGAGAUGAAUGAAAGAGAGAGGGAGGGAUCUUCCUCACAUCUCCACACUGAUGAAGAGACGGCAGCAGAAGAGCACGCUGCAGCAGUCCAACACAACCAGCAGAAGAAGAAGAAGAAGAAGAAGAAGAAGAAGAAAUGUGUUUUAAUGUGAUCUGCCAUCCAGCACUGAGAGUGUUGAUUCAGAACUUUAGAUGUGUAUGUCCCAGCACUGAGAGUGUUGAUUCAGAACUUUAGAUAUGUAUGUCCAGCACUGAGAGUGUUGAUUCAGAACUUUAGAUGUGUAUGUCCCAGCACUGAGAGUGUUGGAUUCAGAACUUUAGAUGUGU